AGGAGCAGGGAGCUUCCACCUGGGAGAGCUUGCCUUCCAGCCCACCCCCGCACCCCGUCCUCCUCCUCCUCCUCCUCCGCCGCCGCCGCCCUGACUCUCUGGCGCACAAAACAAGGAAAUGCAUUCAUAAAUGUCUUCGGAGCAAACCCACAGAGACUCCUAGGGAGAAAUAAAGGGGCAUCUUGAGGGGCUCCAGCCUCAGUUUUCCCCACCAGCGAAUUCCAGCCACAGCUACAGAACAACAUUCGUGAGAGCUUCAGGGUGUGUGGAGAGAUAAAGGAGGACCUUCAGCAGGACUCUUCUUAACCCUGAGAUAACUUCAUCAAGACGAACAAGAUGUCUCAUUUGGACAGACCUCAUCGAGAUAAAGAAUACAGACACAGGGAGAGCCCCAGCUCCAACAUCUAUACUGAAGAAAGAAGUAGGAAAUCAUACCCAUCAACUGGAAUGUCAUCACAAGGAACACUUUAUACUGAACAUUCAGGAUCUUCCACAGGUUUUACAGACCCUUACCAAAAACACCCAGCAUCAACUAAUGGACAUGUUGAUUCCUCAUCACCAUUUUAUCCUCCAAAAGAGAACUCUUCUGAUAAAUGCUCAAACCUGUGCUCCACAAGAGGUAUCUUGCAGUUUGUUGAAAUUACAGUCAACAUUUUGGUGCUGAUCUGUGUAGGAGCAGCCCAGGCCUCCAUUUCAGGUUUCACAACAAUGGGAGGUUUGGGCUCCUUCAACAUUGAUUCAAUGUACAGUCCAUUUGAAGGGGUUGAGCUCAAAGAAGCAAGGGACCUGGACAUGCAGUACAACCAGAUGAGAGCUCCCUGUGUGUACGGGGGAGUAGCCUUCUGCCUCACAAUGCUGUGCCUUACGCUUCUCUUCCUCAUCACCGGGGUAAAGCCCGUUUAUCGUCUCUCCGUCCGGGUGCUCAUCACAGAAUGUGUUUUUGACAUCCUAGCUUGCCUUGGCUACAUAGCAGCCGUAGGCCUCUACCUCCACUUUGUCAUUCAAAUCAAUUCGACUGAUGUGUGCAAAAGGAGAGAGCGUCUAUAUGCAAGGCGAGGGUAUACAUGGAUGAACUGUGGUGUGCAAGGUGGGGACGCUUCCGUGGCUCUCUUUGGCCUUGUGGCUGCUUGCCUCUAUUUCCCAAGUGCUGUGGUUUGCGUUUUCACCAUUCGAAGAGUACAGGAGUUUAAGAGAGAGGUUGCCAAGACUCAGUAUAACCUUGACAAAAACUACAGGGAGGAAGACCAUCACAAGGUUUAUAAGGUUCCCGAAAACAACCCCGCUGCUAGAACUUUUGCUACACUGGUGUAGCCCAUGCCAGCUACCCAAGAGAGCACUGCAAAGCAAACCUAUUGGGAACAGAUUUUUUUGUAUGUGUUACAGAAGCUAGCUAUGGUGUACUAAUCAGAAGUGAAGAUGCAUAGAACAAUAUUUUUUAAAAGAGACAGCUCUGCUAAUGGGCAGGAAUGCAUGGAAA